AUGGCGGUUGCGAGCGCGCCCAAUUUGCCAUUUGUGCACCCGUCAAGACAGAAUUUUCUGCCUCCGACCGGACCACGUGUGCAAAAUCAACACCAGCCAAACCAGCGAGAGACUCGCCCAACCAACCACGCCCAAUUCGAAAGCAUGGAGGAGAUAGCGAGAGCAGCCGCAUCGAUACUCCGCUAUAUUGAUGAAUCCGCCCACGAAACCACUGGCGCCGUCCAUGGCUUCGUGAAGCAGGUGCAUCGAUACGCCCAGAACGCCCAACGGGGUGAUACGCAGGGGAUGGAGAGAGUUCUGCUGGCGCUGGAGAAAAUCUCCCGCACCACCGACCACCUCACCCAGCGGAUGAACACGCUCGAGAAAUCCACUGGGGUGGCGGCAGUCGGUCGCGGCAGCAGCCCCUUCGCGGCUGGCCCGUCAUCGUGGCCAAGCUCGGAUGGCACGUCAUCGAUCGGGGUCCCUCAAGCCGAGCUACAGGAAGACCGGCAGAUUAUCGUCAAGAUUCGUGACGAUGCGGUACGGGCAACGCUCCGGUCCAAAUCAGAGACCGACCUCGUCCUCCAGGCAGAUCGGGGUCGGAUAGCCGUGGCAAGAAAGAAGGAUAGUGGUGCUCUCGCUGGCAUUCGGGUGGUUGCGGCCCGGAAGCUACCCUCAGGGGAUAUAGCGAUCAUUACUGACACGGCUGCGUCGGCGGAGGUGAUGCGGAAGGCCCAGUUCAAAGACUGGCUAAAACCGUUCGGUAAUGCAAUAAUCCAGAGGCCUACCUGGGGGGUAGUUGCGCGUGGGCUACCUCUAUUCGACGUGACGGACCCUGCGGAGAUGAAUAAGACUGCGGAUGAACUACUUCGUCAGAACCCGGAGUGGUCUAGUGAGGGUGAGGAUGAGCCUAUUAUCCUCCACCUGAGCUGGCUCACUAAGCCUACUCCGAGGAAGAACGAGGGCUCCUUGGUCAUCGAGAUGUCGUCGCCGGUCGUAGCCAACCGGGCGAUCGCUGUUGGCACUAUCUGGGGCCAUCGGAUCUGCCAAACCACCCGUUUCUGCCGUGAAGGGAGAUCGAAGUUCUGCAGGAAGUGCCAGAAACCAGGGCACGUUCAGGCUCACUGUCCCUCCAAAACCUUUCUGUGCGGCUACUGCGCGGCCGAGCACCCUACCUGGGAGUGCGAGGCCAUACGCGGAGCCGUAGUAACUAUCAAGUGCGCUAACUGCAAAGGACCACACCGGUCUACUGCCCGCGAAUGUGAGGUUCACGAGAGAGAGGUAGCCAGGGCAAGAAGUAGUCUGCUCGAAGCGCCACCUUUUCACCGCAUCCCUGCCCGUUAUAGGCAGGCCACGGCUCAACAACCCGCAGCCCGGCAACCUCAGCGACAGGUCCAGCCAGUCCAGCCGGUUCAGUCGGCUCAGAAGAAACCCCCACAGCCUCGGGUGAUGAUUCAGUCGGAUUACAACACGCGAUCCCGACGGGGCCAGGGCCUCGAAGCGUCCCAGCACGCUCCGGCAGCACAACAGUCCACACAGUUAUCACAGCCACCUACACAACAACUAAGCCAAUCGGCACGCCGAGGCCCAGGCCGACCACCAGGCUCCAAGAACCGUUCUAAAUCGUCCACCAAUGCGGCGGCCUCCGAGGUACGCACGGACACGGCUAUCGAAGCUACCGAGACCAUUGAGGCCCCAAACCCACACAAGCGAGCGCGUUUCAAUAAUAGAGGGGAGGAGGACCACGCUAUGCAGGACACUGCGUCAGCGGCCCUCGCGUUGGUGGGGCUAGAGGAUAUCCAGGCCCAGGAAGAGGACGAAGAUAUCCAGGCCUUCCAGCGGUUGAUGCGGUCCUCGGUAGCCAUACCAGAUUCACCACUAAGCUCACCACCACAAUUGCUACUACAGACUGCUGAACAAGACCUGCCUCCACCGGAAGAUGUCGUGACGAACUUUCCCUUCACCCCCAUCGAAGGGGUUCGAUACGAAACCUACGUGAACUCAUGGACCGAGGAGGAGGAAGAGAUCUUUCACGACGCAUCAUCGGACAGCGACUACGACCCGACUCGUCAAUGA